GGAGCUAGAGAAGACAGCGGGCGGAAGUGGAGUGCUGGAAGCGACGUUGCCAUGGAGCUCGCGGAGGACUGGCUAGUGGAGUCUUUGCGCUUGUACCAAGAUUUCCAUGCAUUUGACCUGUCGGGAGCCACUCGGGUCCUUGAGUGGAUUGAUCAUAAAGGAGUCUUUGUUGCUGGCUAUGAAAGCCUGAAAAAAAAUGAGAUUCUUCAUCUGAUACUACCUCUCAGACUCUCUGUAACGGAAAACCAGGGCUUAUUCCCAGAAAGAGAUUUCAGAGUAUGCCAUGGAGGAUUUUCAGACAGAUCUGUCUUUGAUCUAAAGCAUGUUCCAGAUACCAGGUUGCUGGUGACAAGUGGUUUUCCAGGGUGUUACCUACAGGUGUGGCAUGUUGCAGAGGACAAUGAUGUCAUUAAAGCUGUCAGCACCAUUGCUGUACAUGAGAAAGAGGAGAGUCUAUGGCCUCGGGUGGCUGUCUUCUCCUCUAUGGCACCUGCAGUCCUCCAUGGGGUGCGGCUCAGUGGCCUGAGGACUGUGGAUCUGGAAUCCCAGAAGAUCACAUACAGCUCAGGUGUCAGUGACAGUGAGGAGCUGAGUAGCCUGCAGGUCCUGGAUGCAGACACCUUUGCUUUCUGUGGCACUUCAGGCCGGCUGGGGCUUGUGGAUACCCGCCAGAAGUGGGCACCGAUGGAGCCUCUGAGCCUCAACCCUGGGUCUAGUGGAGUGAAAUGGUGUGCCAAAGUUAGGGACAAGGACCAAGGUCCUGGGCCUUGCAUCGCCAGCCUUGGCUCAGACGGGCAGCUUCGUCUCCUUGACCCCCGGAAUCUCUGCCAUCCUGUGAGCUCAGCACAGUGCCCAGUGCCCACACCUAGCCCUGACCCAGAGCUGUUGCGAGUGACUUGGGCUCCAGGCCUGGACAACUGCUUGGCCAUUUCAGGCUUUGAUGGAACAGUCCAGAUCUAUGAUGUUACAUCGUGGGAUGGAAAGAGAAGCCAAGUGGAGCCUCUCUUCACUCACAGGGGGCACAUCUUCCUAGAUGGACAUGAGGUCCAUACCGCUCCAUUGGUCACCACCCAUACCUGGCACCCUUGCAAACCCAGGACUUUGUUAUCAGCGGCAAGUGAUGCCUCUCUGCAUGUGUGGGACUGGGUAGACCUCCAGGCCUCCUGCUGACACUAGUCUCUCCCCUCCUGAGCUUCUGGGAGGAGGAGGAGCUGCCCAUUCAAGGCACUGAUGCAGGACUCCAGUGACCACAGGUCUACUGAAACUGUUGGCCUCAGGCAAGUUAGCCAGCCUUUCUUAGCCUAUUUUAUCUGUAAAAUGAAUAUAGUAGUGACAACUUCCCAUGGUUAUGGGGAAUGUCAGAAGUAAAGUAUCAGAAAGUAGCUGGUGGGACACAUGGCACAGUAGACUGGUUAGAAACUACUGAUGGCUCUGGGAGCUCUGCCUCCCCAGAAAUAAAGUGGCAAUGCUGUGUCCCAGUCUUCACAGCUGCAUAGUGAGAAGCAGGAGAAUGCAUGAAUGUAAAUAUGGGUGUGAACUUUUCAUAGAAGGGAACAAUGUGUGUCAAUAAACAUUGAAAAAAAUCACCCCAGUAACAGGCAAGUAUGACUGAUUUAGUUAUUCAGUUAGGUUUUUGUGUGUAUUUUGUUUUGUUUUGUUGAGAGAGGUUUUCCCUAUAGCCUCAGGUGGCCUAGAACUUGCUAUGAAGAAUAGACUGGGCUUGAUCUCUCAGAAAUCAGUCUGCCUCUACCUUCUGAGUGCUGGGAUUAAAGGUAUGCACCAUCACUCCCAAUACCAAGCCCUUUUUAAAAUAAAGUUUUUAUUUGA